AUGGCAACACUGUUUGAAGAAACCACCAACAGGAGCACAGACAGAACAAGCCAUGCAGCUCUGGGCUGGACACUGGCGACUUUUUCUGACAUAGGAGGAGAACUUUACAGACACACACACACACCCAACUAUUCCUUCAACAGAGGGCGCAAUAUCUGCGACAAUCUGACAGAUGCCGUUGACCUAGGGGUCAAAAUCACGUGCACCCUUGACCUUUAUCUCCCCCCAUUUCUGCUGGCCGUGGGCGUGGUCUGCAACCUGUUGGUGAUUCUCGUCAUGUGCAGUAAGCACUUCCGGAAGAUGUCGACGUCAUUCUACAUGGCGACCAACGCGUUCACUGAUGGACUCAGCCUGCUGGUCGCUCUGUCCGGACACUUUCUGUUCGUGAAUUUCCCGGAGAUAUUCUCCAGCGUGAGACAUGCACACCAUAUGUGCGCAUUUUUCAACAUUCUCGGAUGGGGAAGCAGUGAUCUGGGAAUAAUGCUGACGGUUGCCAUGACAACGGAGCGCGCCAUAGCUGUACGGUUCCCCCUGCAGGCGUAUAAAUUGUGCACCCCGAGAAGGGCGAGGUUCGUUGUGGUUGGGCUGGUCGUAUUUGAGCUGGUCAAGCUCUCCCACUUUAUGGUCAGCUCCGAGGUGGUCGGGGCAGAAGUGACCAGCCAUCUGUGUGACGUAGACAGGGACGACCCAUCGUUCGUUCUGUACGCCGUGGACAUCUGGCCGUGGAUCCACGCCGCCAUCUUGGCUGCGUCUUACAGCCUCGUUAUCGUCGGCAACGUCAUCAUCGUCAUCAACAUAAGGAAGUCCGGUAAAGAGUGCGUUGCGGACGGGUCGGGACGCAAGAACACGCGAAAAGAUUCCUCCAGUUCCUCCAAAAACCGACAGCUGUCGUUAAUGCUGGUCGUCGACUCGUGUUUCCUAGUCGUCUGCACUUUCCCAUUCGCCGUUAUCGUCAUCCUCAUCUCCAAAUUCAACCGCCUGCCGCCGUCACAAGGCGGGAAAAACCUCGCGUACUCCGUCAGCUUCUACCUACUCUACGUGAACCGAUGCUUGAACUUUUUCCUCUACUGCGUCACUGGAUCACGCUUCCGCACCGCCCUGCGCGGUAUUUUCACCCACGACGUGCCCACGUCGUAUGUCCCAUCCACGGAUAAGACCAACUCUCGAGACAAGCUCAAGACCGUAUCGAAGCUCCGGAAUUCCCUGUUGCAAGAAAACAGUAAUAAUAAUAAUAACAAUAAUAAUAAUAAUAAU